UCUUGCUGCUUUUGGGUGACUCAGCCUAUGACAUUUUGCUUCUCCUGAAAUCUCCAUAUCUUGCCUUUCUCAAAUUCCAAGGUAGCCUUUGCGCAACAUAUCAGUCUCCACUGACUCCUGUCCCAUCAGAGCCCGUAGUGGACGGCUGUAUGGGGGCCAUGUGUCUGAACUCCUGAUCCUCAUUUCAGCCCAUUCAUGUGACAUGCACGGAGCUCUUCAGCAGGGACUUACGGACCAGGACAAGAGCUUGAGGCUUUGAGGGGAUCUGAUUGUCACUGCACAAUCAAGGACAGUAUUCCCAAAAGUAGAUGUUGCUCAAGAUAGUCCAAGGAAUUCUAUGAAGAAAAGGACUCCGCAGACAAUAAAUUUUGGACACCCUGUUUCAACACAGUGCAUCUUGGAGACUGGUGUUUGCAAGUAUAUGGAGCAGGAAACUUCAUCCCGAGGAUGGAGACCCCGGAGCUGUCAGCAGGAGUUAGGCUUUAUAAGUCAGUGGAGCCUGCGGAGGUGGCCAGAAUCCUGCACUGCAAGCGCUGCUGUCUUCUCACGGAGUCUUGAAGCCAGAGCAGCGCCAGGAUGUCACAGGAGCUGGCCCCACUGCUGCUUCUCCUUCUCUCCAUCCACAGUGCCCUGGCCCUGAGGAUCUGCUCCUUCAACGUCAGGUCCUUUGGGGAAAGCAAGCAGGAAGACCAGAAUGCAAUGGAUGUCAUUGUGAAAGUCAUCAAACGCUGUGACAUUAUGCUCCUGAUGGAAAUCAAGGAUAGCAACAACAGGAUCUGCCCCGUACUGAUGGAGAAGCUGAACGGAAAUUCAAGGAGAGGCAUAACGUACAACUACGUGAUUAGCUCUCGGCUUGGAAGAAACACAUAUAAAGAACAAUAUGCCUUUCUCUACAAGGAAAAGCUGGUAUCUGUGAAGAGGAGCUAUCACUACCAUGACUAUCAGGAUGGAGACGUAGAUGUGUUUUCCAGGGAGCCCUUUGUGGUCUGGUUCCAGUCGCCCCACACUGCUGUCAAAGACUUCGUGAUUAUCCCCCUGCACACCACCCCAGAGACAUCCGUUAAAGAGAUCGACGAGUUGGUUGACGUCUACAUGGACAUGAAACACCGCUGGAAGGCAGAGAAUUUCAUUUUCAUGGGUGACUUCAAUGCCGGCUGCAGCUACGUCCCCAAGAAGGCCUGGAAGAACAUCCGCUUGAGGACCGACCCCAGGUUCGUUUGGCUGAUCGGGGACCAAGAGGAUACCACGGUGAAGAGGAGCACCAAGUGUGCAUAUGACAGGAUUGUGCUUAGAGGACAAGAAAUCGUCAGUUCUGUUGUUCCCAAGUCAAACAGUGUUUUUGACUUCCAGAAAGCUUACAAGCUGACUGAAGAGGAGGCCCUGGAUGUCAGCGACCACUUUCCAGUUGAAUUUAAACUACAGUCUUCAAGGGCCUUCACCAACAGCAAAAAAUCUGUCACUGUAAGGAAGAAAACAAAGAGCAAACGCUCCUAGAUCCAAGGGUGUCAUCUUAUUAACCAUUUCUUGCCUCUAAAUAAAAUGUCUCUAACAGAUA